AUGAUGAAGAUGAUGCUCAUCUUUGUCUGCCUUCUCUUCCCAAGCUUUGUUCUAAGUUCAGAGCACAACCUCACCAUUGAUGAAGACUUUGAGAUUGAGAAACAACUCAAGCUUCUCAACAAGCCAGCCAUCAAAACCAUAGUAGAAAAUGGAGAUAUCUUUGAUUGUGUGGACAUAAAUAAGCAACCAGCUCUUGACCACCCAUCUCUUAGAGAUCAUCAAAUUCAGGUAGAUCCAAAACUCAAUGGUGAUAAAAAUCCUAGGCUAAUGGCUGGUUGGACAGAUCCAAAGAGUACAAAUUGGUGGUUUGUUUAUGGACCAAAUCAAAAAAUAGUGGGUUAUUGGCCAGGUAAAAUUUUCACCACUUUAAUUCAAUAUGCAACUAGAGUCGAGUUUGGUGGCAUAGUCGGAUAUAGAGGAGAUGCUGCAAUGGAUGUUGUGCUUCCACCAAUGGGAAGCGGUCAUUGUCCAGAGGAAGGUUUCGGGUUUAGUGCAAGGAACAACCUCACCGUUAAUGAAGAAGACUUAGAACUUGAGAGACAACUAAAGCUUCUCAACAAGCCAGCCAUCAAGACCAUAGUGGAAAAUGGAGAUAUCUUUGAUUGUGUGGACAUAUACAAACAGCCAGCCUUUGAUCAUCCCUCUCUUAAGGACCAUAAGCUUCAGUUAAGGCCACGUGCUUACCCAGAAGGACUAUUUGAUAAUAUUUCAUCAUCAUCAUCAAGAAGGACUCAAACAGUAAAUAUUGGAUUGAAAAAUGGAGGGUGUCCUAAAGGAACAGUGCCAAUAAAAAGAGUGACAAAAGAUGACCUUUUAAGAAUGAGAACAUCUUCUUUGAAGCCCUACUCUUCUUCAAAGGCUCAAGAUGUGGAUAAUGUUAACCGAAAGUGGGCAAUAUAUCACACUCCAUAUGCAUCUGAUGAAAGAAAAAGGCAUCAGUAUUUUGGUGGUGCAGCGCUCAUCAAUAUUUAUGCUUUGCCACAACUUACAAGCACUCAAUUCUCAUCAAGUUUGAUUUGGGUUGUCAAUGAUGAAAGCAAUUGUCAAAGCAAUCAUAUUGCAGUUGGAUGGACUGUAAGUCCACAAACAUAUGGAGACAAGAACACAAGGCUAUUAACAUCAUGGACAGCUGAUAACCAUGAAAAAACAGGAUGUAUUGAUAUGAGAUGUCCAGGUUUUGUUCAAGUUAGUCAAAUAGUCACUCUCGGAGGUGCAUACAAUCCAGUCUCAGUAUACAACGGCACUCAACGCAGCAUUGAAAUUUAUAUAUUCAGAGAUCCAAUGACUUUGAAUUGGUGGUUUGCAUAUGGGCAAAAUAGGACUCUAGUGGGUUAUUGGCCGAGUAAAAUUUUCACUGGAUUAAGUGAUCAUGCAAGCCGGCUUGAUUUUGGUGGUACGGUAGGAAAUUUACAAAGUGAUGAUAUGCCACCAAUGGGAAGUGGGCAUUUACCAAAGGAGGGUUUGGGUAAGGCAUGCCAUUUUAUACAAGUUCGACAUUUGAAUUCGGAUAAUCAGUUUAUUGAUUUAUCCGCGGAUGAUGUAUCGCCGAAGUUAACGAGUAGUACUUGUUGUUAUGAUUUGGGACCGUAUGAUCAGAGUGGUACUAAUUAUGCUAAUAUGUUCUAUUUUGGCGGUCCUGGAGGCUCUCAAAAUUGUUAAUUUUGUUUGUAAUGUCUUUGUCUUUAGAUGUUUUUAGUUAUUUUUAUUGUCAUAAAUAUU